CAUGAAUAGAGUAGCGAAUCUUUUGAACUCUUUAGAAAAAGUCUCUGAAGAACGUAUUUCAAAUAUUGAAAAGACUGAAAAUUUAAGUCAGCCUAAAAAUGUGAAUUAUAACAAUCUACAUUUUCCUUUAACUAAAAAACCAAUGUUUAUUGGUAUUUGUGGUCGUGUUGGAUCUGGAAAGGUUGUAACGACAUUGUUAUUGAAUUUGCUCAAUGAAUUACCUCAUUCCUUUACACGUCUGAGCUCUCGUUUAAAAUUUUCAUAUUCCCCUCAAGAGCCAUGGUUAACUAAUGCAUCGAUAAAAGAAAAUAUCCUCUUCCAUGAAAAAUUUGAUGCGGAACGAUACAAAUCAGUACUUUUUGCUUGCUGUUUGGAUAAAGACUUGAUUGAUUUACCGAACGGGGAUAAAACUCUUGUUGGUGAAAACGGAAAAAGGCUUAGCGGAGGUCAAAGAGCAAGGAUUUCCUUAGCUAGGGCUGUCUAUAGGAAGGCUACUUUCUAUGUAUUUGAUGAUCCUCUUAGUGCUAUUAAUGAAAAAGUUACGAAACUAAUAAUUCAGAGAUGUUUUCUUGACUUCUUAAAAAACAAAGUAAUUUUCCUAACAACUCAUCAAGUUCAUCUAUUAAAUGAAGCGCAUAUUAUCUAUGAAGUAAUCGAUGGAUGCUGUCACAUAAUUUCAAAAUCUGACUAUAACUUAGGUAAAGAGCUUACUGAAAAUAUCCAACAUCUAAAAAUAUAUCAAAAUGAAAUUUUCCAUGAAGAGGAGGAGAUGAACAGCGGAUUUGCAGGCUUUAAAGUGUAUUUUAACUACUUCAAAACUGGAAGUUUUUUAUUAUUAACUAUGUCGCUGCUACUCUUUGGUAUAUUUUUUUCAAUCUAUAUUUGGAUUGAUAAAGUUCUAACUCAAUUUGCUGUAGAAAACCUUAAUUAUUCAAUGUUGAUGACCGUUGCUAUUAUUUUAAUUACGCUAACUAUCAUCGAAAUUGGACGAUUGUCUACAUACUACAUCAAUAUUAUUCUCUGUUCAGUGAAUUUACAUAAAAAAAUGUUCCAAAAAAUAUUGGAAAUACCUUUUGGGUUUUUUCAUAAAAAUCCAAAAGGAAGAAUACUGAAUAGAUUCUCUAGAGAUUUAGGUUUUGUCGACUCAUUACUCGUCACUCUUCUGGAGCAGAUUACUUUAUGGGUCGGAGCAAUCGUUUUCUCAGUUGCUCUUGCAGUAUAUAACAUUCCACUUUUAUUUCUACCUUUGUCUAUUUUUGUAAUAUCAAUGUUACUACUCUAUAGAAAGCUAACUCCGAUAGGUUCAGAAUUCAAAAGAUUGGAGGCGAAACAACGAACACCAAUUUAUGAGCACAUUGAUAACGUAAUACAGGGCCUAAUCGUUAUUCGCUGUUUCCAGAAACAGAAAACAUUUUUGAAAAAAUUCUAUACCGCAAGCAAUAAUCAUACAACAAUUGCAAUCAUACAAGAAACUUAUAGUAAAUUUCUUCAGCAAGUCUAUUUUGCUGUAACCCUACUAUUCUACAUGUGUAUAGCAAUAGCUUGCCUUAAAUUUUCAUCCUAUUUAAACCCAACCAUAGCAGACUUUGACAAUACGAUGACCUCUGUGGAGCGAAUUCAGUAUUACUCCUCUUUGAAAUCAGAAGAAGACCCCGAUAAAAAGUUUCCACCAGUUUCAGAUUCUUGGCCUUCGAAUGGAUCUCUUACUAUCAAAAACGUAUUCAUGAGAUACGAUGAGAGUCUUCCUUAUUCUUUGAAAAAUAUCAAUGUUAAUAUUCUUUCUGGAGAGAAGAUUGGAGUUGUUGGACGUACAGGAGCCGGGAAAAGUUCACUAAUCAGUGCUCUCUUCAGAAUGUGUCCUGUCGAAGGAGAGAUUAUUCUUGAUGGUGUUAAUAUAUUGACUGAUGUGAAUUUACAAUGUUCACGAUCCGUUAUAUCGGUCAUUCCUCAAGAUCCUAUACUGUUUACCGGAACUUAUCGAUCGAAUCUCGAUCCUCUCGAUGAGUAUUGUGAUGAUGAUAUUUGGAUGAGCUUGAAAAAAGUUUAUCUCGAUAAGAAAGUUGGAAACACGGCACAACAAUUAAACUCUACAAUAUCAGAAUGUGGUCGAAAUCUCAGUGUUGGGGAAAGACAACUGAUUUGUUUAGCGAGAGCUCUUUUGAAAAAGUGUCAUCUUUUAAUAAUUGAUGAAGCAACUGCAAAUGUCGAUAAUGAAACGGAUAAGUGUAUCCAAAAUAUACUGAAAUGUCAUUUUAAGGACUGUACUACAAUAACAAUUGCUCAUCGUUUAAGUACGAUUAUGGACAGUGAUAAGAUUAUCGUGAUGGAUUCGGGAGAAGUAGGAGAAUACGGAACAGUGAAAGAACUUUUAAGAAAAGAAGGAAUGUUUUUCGAGCUUGUUAAUAGUCAAGCAAAUGUGACUUAA